AUUUUUUCGUACGCAGCAUAUUUUUUUUGUCACUUCUCAAUUACAAAACCACGAAAUACGUAUUUAAAACGCAAAAUUCGCUUGCGCUGCUGGCAGAGCAAAUAUAUUGAGCAAAGCACGCAAUAACAUUGCUUGCAACUGGCGUAAAACACGUAGGCGAAGAAGCACGACCGAUAAAAAAAACAGGCAAAGGCAACUCCGGCCGACACCGAAACGUGAAUGUAAAUGUGAAAGCGAACCGAAUCCGCGGCAAGGAAGUGCAACACAACCACAACGAUACGGUACAACAAAGCGAAGCCAGCAGAGCAAAACAUAUGUUUGUUAUAAACAAAAAGAAUUAGGCGCAAUCUCCAUGAUAACUAUAUACAAAAUACGCUCGCCUAUUGUGUAAACAAUUGCAAGCAGCAGCAGGCACAACAAGACUCAUCUACUAGCGCAGCAUCAACAGAAGCAUUGAAAACACAUUUUCAACUUGCUUUUAAACUGCAACACUCCGGUCCAUAUUGCAAGCAAAUAUACAUUAUAUAUAUAUAAAUAUAUAUAUAAAUACAAAUACAAAUAUAGAUAUUUAUCGUCUGUUGUCAAUAUCAAAUCGGGAGUUGUUUAAGAGUUGCAGCGACAGCAACAAUUAAAAAUGGCCGCUGCCACCGCCGACGUUGUUAAUGCAGUGAACGACUGCUUCAGUAUCGGAUCCACAGUGCUCUGUACGACCUGUUUUAAGGAGGAGGUGGAGGGAGAGGUGCUCGCGUUCGACCACAACACAAAAAUGCUUAUAUUGAAAUGUCACUCGAAAACAUCGGGAGAACUGAGUGAUGUUUAUGUGAUGAACCUAUCGCUGUGCAGUAACGUGCAGGUGACCAAGGAAUGCAAUGGAAACUUCAUUGAUGAUCCUCAAAAGCUCAACUUGGAACAGGUUAAAAUGCGCCUACGUAAAACAGUAGAGAGACGGCAAGACUAUCUCAAGUCCAAAAAUGCCGAUGUGAGUCCAGAAGCACAAGAGCUCUAUCGAGCGAUAGCCAAACAGCUUGGGUACAAUGAAGUUUCCUGGCAGGGAGCAAACAUACAAAUAUUAAACGAAGUUACCGUCUCGCCGCCUUAUAGGGUGGACAAUGUUGUCUCCAGUUCGGAUAACGAUACUGCGUGCAAAUACAUUAAACGAAUUAUCACUCAGUUUUUCAACACGAGACCUUCUCCGGCUCAGGAAAAUGCGCAUGGCACGGCCAGCGCUUCGUCGGCAUCCGUUUCGCCCACAUCCUCAUCUAUAUCAUCGAGUAACGCAGCUUCAGGAUCACCGGUUCCCGCUAACUAGAAAUAAAAAAGAAAGAAAACAAAAAAAAAAAAACAUAUUUGCUUCAGAAAUGAA